AAAAAGAAAAAGUUCUAUUAAAUAAUAUUAAUUAAAUAAUACUAAAUCAAUAAAAUUAUUUUAAUUGUUCAAUACUCAUAUUUUGAUGCGGUGUGUGACAUUAUUUAAUGCAUUGUAAAGCGGCCUUUAUUUUAGAUUGAAUUUUGAUUAUGGCUUUUGUUUGUGUGCAACACAAUAGUGUAUCGUACAAUACACGUAGUAUUUACUAACAUUUUAUUAGAAGUGGGGAUGAUUAGAGAUAAUUACGUUGCCCGCGAAUUGUGACAAUCGUUGCGAUUAUUAACAAGUGACAAGAAUAAAAUAGUUCGUUGUACAAAGAAUUCUUACGAAUAUUUUUUAAAGAAAUAAUUAUUUAUAUUUAUUUAAUAGAAAAGUAUAAAGCAAUCAUAUAUUUUUUUUUAAAUAAUAGCAUUAUUUAAAAAAUGCGUUCUUAAUUUUAUCAUAUUUUAAUGAAUCAUCGCUACUGAUAAAAUAAUAUUUUACGUUGUUCAUGCAAGGUGACAUGGCUUUGUUUGCCGUGCUUCUUGUGGUUCUAUCCAUUUUUUCUUCAACAUAUAGUACUGUGCAUUUUCAACCUGAAUCAGUGCAUCUUUCAUAUGGUGAUAAUAUACAUGACAUUGUUGUUACAUGGAGUACAAGAAAUGAUACAGGUGAAUCUAUUGUAGAGUAUGGUAUAGGAGGCUUUGUUUUAACUGCCAUAGGAAAUUCAACUCUUUUCGUUGAUGGGGGAUCAAAAAAAAGACAACAAUAUAUUCAUAGAGUUUGGUUGAAAAAUCUUACACCUGACAGUCAUUACAUAUAUCAAUGUGGAAGUCGAUAUGGUUGGUCAAAUAUCUUUUAUAUAAAGACUGCUCCUCAUAACUCUGUCCAAUGGUCACCACAUAUUGUAAUCUUCGGUGAUAUGGGAAAUGAAAAUGCUCAAAGUUUAUCAAGGCUACAAGAAGAAACUCAUCGUGGCUUAUAUGAUGCUGCAAUACAUAUCGGAGAUUUUGCUUAUGACAUGAAUACUGAAAAUGCUAAAGUUGGUGAUGAAUUUAUGAGACAAAUUGAGGGAGUUGCUGCUUAUAUACCUUAUAUGACUGUGCCUGGUAAUCACGAGGAAAAAUAUAAUUUUAGUAAUUACAGAGCACGCUUUACAAUGCCUGGUAGUUCAGAAGGACUGUGGUAUAGUUUUGACAUAGGUCCUGUACAUUUUAUAGGUAUAGAAACAGAAGCUUACUAUUUUAUGAAUUAUGGAAUAAAGCAACUUAUAAAACAAUAUGAAUGGCUUGAUAAGGAUUUAAAAGCUGCAAAUAGACCUGAGGCUAGGGCACAACGUCCUUGGAUAGUAACAUUUGGACAUAGACCAAUGUAUUGUAGUAACGCAAAUGCGGACGAUUGUACCAAUCAUCAAAGCUUAGUUAGAGUUGGUUUGCCAUUCCUGAAUUGGUUUGGUCUAGAAGACUUAUUCCUUAAACAUAAAGUAGACUUAAUGUUGUGGGCACAUGAACAUAGUUUUGAACGAAUGUGGCCCAUGUACAACUUUAAGGUGUACAAUGGUAGUUAUGAAGAACCAUAUAAGAAUUAUAAAGCACCUGUACAUGUGGUAACAGGAUCUGCUGGAUGUAAAGAAGGAAGAGAAAAGUUUAUUCCUCAUUCGCCAGAUUGGUCAGCAUUUCAUAGUUCCGAUUAUGGAUAUACGCGGAUGAAAGCGUUUAAUAAGACACAUCUAUAUCUAGAACAGGUUUCUGAUGAUAAAGAAGGUGCUGUUAUAGAUCAAUUCUGGCUUGUAAAAGAUAAUUUUAUGCCGUCGUAUGAUCUAAAAGAAUUAGGUCUAGAAAGAAAUGAAGAAUUAUAAAAAUAAUAUUAGUAGAACUUGGCAAAUAUAUAGUUAAAUAUAUGAAUUUUUUUCAGAAGUGAUACAAGUUCGCUUUCCUUUAUUUCGAGAUAUUUAAUAUUUUGCAUUUUAAUAUAUCUAAAAAUUUUUGUUAAACGCUAAUAAGCUUGUUGGUAUUUUAAAAAUUUAAGAUAUGUUUUAUUAUCUUAUCUAGCAAUUUUUUAAAACGUUCUCAGAGUAAAGCAGUAUUUUUAUUGAUUGCAAAUGAACUUAUACCAAUUUCAAUAAUAAUAAAUUACCGAAAUUGUGAAAUAAUACAAAAUUUAAAUUUAUAUUUUAAUUGAAGUAGACAAAUUUUAGAAUUAUGUAGACUUUCCUGAGAUGUAAUUCUAAAAUAUAAAUAAUAACAAUUAUAAAAUAAAGGAAAAGAGCAAAAUAUAUUAUUGAACAUAGAAAUUUAUUGAUUUGGUAAAAAUUUUUGAAAGUAAUUAUAAUAUGUUUAAUAAGAAAAGCAACUUAAAAAAAAAAUUAGAGUACAUCGUGAAGAAUAAUAUUAAUAACUUUUAUUCAUAUUUUAGUCUUCAUUUGGCUUCAUACAAAGUGUUCUGAAAUAUUUGUGAUGAGUAGGAGGUAUAUAAGAUAAUAAACUCAUAUUGUUAUAUUUAGCUGAUGUUAUAGAUCUUAAAUUGCAUACAUAGUGGCAAUGAUGUUAUUCUGGAGAAAUUUUUUGGCCUUCCUUAUUGUGGAGAUAAAUCUAAAACUUUAAAUUUGGCAUUUCUUUCUAUUGAUAUUUUGUACAAAAUUUAAUACAAAUUGUCCCUUUUAAAUCUCAUCCAGCAAGUCUUUAGUCAAUUUAUAGUUUCUCUAUUAGCAUUUGUCUUUCUCUUUAAAACUGCCUCUUUUAAAGAUUUUAUGGAACAAAGUCUGUUAUUUCAUAUAAAAGAAAAUUAUUUUUUUUUUGGCAUUGCUCUAUUACUUUAUAAUAAUCCUGAGGUUUGUAUGAUAAAUCUGUUUUUUUUAGCGCCAUUUCUACAACUCUAAAAAUUCAGUUGUUUAGUAAAAAUUAAUGACCUGACAAUAAAAAUUUAUAAUCAAUUACAUUUACAUUAUUGUCAGGGGAGUAAACAAUUUUUAACUAUAUCAAUGUCAUAUUUAUAUUUUUGUUUUGUUUGGUGCACAUGUCUGUUAUAAUAUGAUCUUGAAUUGUAACAUUCUGAAUGUACUUCAAGAAUACAUAUAUAAAUACAUCGUAGUCUCGAGUUAGGUUAGAAUCAAAAAAAGUGAUGAGUUCUCAUAGCGAGCUUUGCGGAAACAACAAAAAAAUUGAUUCAUUGGUGCAAAUGGACUUAUAUCAAUUAAAAAAAAAAAAACAUUUAUGCAAUUCCAUUUAACAGCCAAAUUUCUUUUGACUAAUUCAUGAAGAUAUUGUACUGUAUUGACUCUGUUAUUAUAAAUAUAAAAAAGAGACAUUUUCUCUCUCUCUCUCUCUCUCUCUCUUUCUCUCUCAUGAAACUAGUAUCAACUCAUUUUUUUUCAAAGUUGGAUUCAUACCACUUUCAAAAAAAACGGCUCAUAUAUAUAUAUAUAUAUAGUACAAAAUAGAUAUACGUACAAUGAAAAUAUUAAGAUUACGAAGUAAAUCACUUCUAAUGAUUUGCAGUACUCUACAUAGUACUACUUACAUUUUAAGCGUUCAUUUCGAAGAUAUACUUGUAAAUAUUUAUUAGAAUUAAUAAAUAUAUUAUGCAAUUCAAUGUUUAAUGAACAUUAAUGAUGUUUAGAACGAAUUACAGAAUUGUUAAAACAAUGUACAAAUUAAAAGGAAAGAAAUAAAUGAUACGGAUAUACAAUAUAA